AUGACAAUCACUGCAACUCGUAUGUCUAAUCGUUUGAGAAAACCCACGGCAAAAGCCAUAACUAACAACUUGCAAUUUUUAGUCAAUAAUAGUAACAAACACUCAGAACAACCAGAACAACCUAAAGAAAAAGAAUAUGAGUCAGUGAAGCAAUGUUCUAGCAAGAGACCCAGUGAGGAAACUGAAUCUUUACUGAAGAAGAAGAAGAAGAAACUCUGCAUUGAAGAAGACAAAACUACAUCUACCUCCACAUCAACAUCCACAUCCAAACCCAAUUGUAUAGACGAUCCAGUUGAGAAGUUGCUCUACUUGACAAAUAUAAACAACUUUGAUAUCUUGACCGAUUUGGAAUCUGAAGUCGAAGAGGAGUCUCGCAGAAGAAGUUUCCAAAGCAUUGACCAAUUGCAGGACAGUUGCAAUAGCCUUCCGUCACCAUACUUUUCUCAAGGUAAGAAGAACAAGAGGAGACACAGCAAAAGUUUGAGACAAGCUGCAGAACGUAAUCAGGGAAAUGAAGACGAAGAUGAUGACGAAGACGAAGACGAGGACCAAGAGUCCGAAGAAGAUGAAGAGGAAGAGGAAGAAGAACCUUUAGGUAUUGAGUCUGUGGACUUUACAAAGAUUAUACACGACAAUAUCAGAGAGUACUAUAGACAAAAGGGACAGAAUCAGUACAAGGAUUCAUUUGCAUUGCUCAAUACCAACAAUAGGAUAAAUUAUCAGGAUGGUUUAUCGAGAGUUGGCGCAAACGAAGACGGAGCACGAAAGAAUGCUGCACCUGCUAGUCAAGUGCCAUUUUUCAAAUCCGUCAAUUUCAAUGGAUUGAAGGAGUACUCAAUCGAAGACUUUGUGAAUUACGGUGAAGAUGAGGAGGAGCAAGAGCACGAGCAAGAGCAGGAGCUGGAGAAGAAGGUUGAGAAAGAUGCUGGUUCAACAACGGGUGUUUGUGGAUUUGAAAAGAAGCUGGAGACUAUUUCGCCAUCAUCAUCAACCAGUUCCUUGUCUUCAGUGUUUUCUUGUCCAAAGAACAAGUUGCAAGACUUGGACGACGAAGACCCACACUCAAUUUCACCUAUUGCAUCGCCCGAGACUACAAAACUAGAGACUAAUACCAUCAAUUUUGAUUGCACCAAUACUUGCAACAAAAAUUGCAACUCCGUUAGUGUUGGUACUGCUACUACAGCUACCACCUCGUCUACUACUCCUUCAUCUUCAUCUUCAUCCUCUACGCUUUACAUUCCUAAAAUCAAGCAUACUGCUGCAUUUUCACCAUUCAAUCGUUACCUGCCAUUUAGUUUUAGUUUCCAAGCACGUAAUGGUUUCAAUUCUGGGUGUGGUGGGGCUUCACAACACGACGACUAUAUCUCCAAAGCAUUAAAGAAACACAGUCUUUAUACCGGCAAGGCAAGAGAAAUGGUGUCUACAGGCAAUUUCAUGAUUAACGAUUUCUUCUUGUAA